GACGGCUACAUGCUGAUGGGCGGUUUGGUUCUGCCGUGGUUGAUGGCCACAAUAACAAGGGUGUUCUUGGUGGGGCAAGAGUGGCGCCUUCCGACUAAGUCUCUACUGAGGGAGGGAAGCAACGGGACUUUCACGAUGAGAGCAAACAUGAUAUUCUGCGAGACGCGCGUUAACAGCGGCUGGUUGAAUCACGUGAUGGCUGAGUGGCUGUUGACAUUGGUGAUAACUGGAUUGGUUGCAUUCUGGUUCCCGGCUGUCAGACGACGUUCACAAGAUUAUUCAAAGCUCAUGCAAAGGCCCGUUGGACUUUUUGCUUCUGGUGAGUAUUACAUGGAGUCAGUGUCCGUCAUCGCUAUAAUGUGGUUCCUCACUAUCAGACCCCUCCUGGCGACCAGUAUAUUCAUUUCUUCAAACGAAAGCUGGUCCUCCUAUCUUGACAUCCCUUCCCACGUCCUCAUCAUGAUGUCUGCGUCUCUCGUGCCCUUUGAGGUCGAGGACCGAUGGGCGAUGGCUGUGGAGGAGGAAUCUCCUGCAGAAGGUGACGGGGAAGUGAUAUCUCUGCAUGACGAGCCGGCUUGGGAGAAGAAACAAGGGACUGCUAUAGUGAACUCAGAUGAACAUUUUUGAAAAGUGAUAAACUGUUACGUGUCUAAUAGUGUGAUAAAAUGUUUGGUGAUUACGUUUUAUUGAAAUAUGCUUUUUGAAAAGUAUGCAUAUAUAUAUGUAUACAUAGAUGUGCAU